UUCAGGCUUUGGUUGCUGGGGAACCCCUUGCUCUGCCUCUGUCUCUCUCCUACCCCCCAACUCCUCUGGUUCCUUUCCCAUCUCUUCCUUUCCCUGUUCCUUCCCUCCUUCUUCAGGUUGGGUUAGGCUGGAGGAAGAGGAGGGUUAACCUCUUCUCUCUCACCCCUCCCCAUACUUCCUAGGGGCCCUUCGGGCGAGAACAGAGGCACUCUGGGCAGCUGGGUGAAGCCCAUCUGGGCAAGCCUUCCCUGGAUUUCUGUUUCCCUUCCUGGGCUGCUGAAAGGCUGGUGAGGGUGAGUCUGUGUCCCGUGAGCCUCACAGAGAUGUUCAGUGCCUGGGAUCGCCGGGAGCGGCCCCCAGAGGAAGGAGCAGCUGCAGAGCUCCAGGGCUUCGGAGUGGACAAGACUUUCCUGUCUUCCCUCAAAGGCAUCCUGCUGGAAACUGAGCUGGCCCUGACCUUCAUCAUCUUCAUUUGCUUCACGGCCUCCAUCUCCGCCUACAUGGCUGCAGCGCUGCUAGAGUUCUUCAUCACACUGGCCUUCCUCUUCCUCUAUGCCACUCAAUACUACCAGCGCUUCGAUAGGCUUAACUGGCCUUGUCUGGACUUCCUCCGCUGUGUCAGUGCCAUCAUCAUCUUCCUGGUGGUGUCCUUUGCUGCUGUGACCUCGAGGGAGGGAGCUGCCAUUGCUGCUUUUGUAUUUGGCAUCAUCCUGGUCUCUGUCUUUGCCUAUGAUGCGUUCAAGAUCUACCGAACUGAGUUGAUGCCCAGGGCCAGCGAGGGGGACCAGCAGUGAUUCCAGGGUUACCUGGCUCCCACGACCAGACACAGGACUCACAGA